AUGGCACGAUCCGCUACUGCUAAAGCCAAUCCGUCCCCAAUUUAUGAUCCCAAGCCUCCGUCCGCUCCCAAGGGAGCCCGCGAUCCUACGGGUCGUCGCGAUCUCAAGAAUCGUCAUGAUCCAGCGAAGCCUGCAGCUACCCCGAAACUAGGCAAGAAAAGCGCCGUGGUCCAGGCUUAA